AUGGAGUUACCGGAGCCCCCACCUGGUACUUUGGUGGGGAAGGAGGAACAGGAGCUGCUGGAGCGAGCCUUCUUCUCCUGGGCCGAGUUCAGCCGCUUCUUCGACAAGUGGUGCCAGCAGCGGCUGGUGGUCUUCUCAGUUAAGAGCUCCACGCACGUGGCGCGCAGCCCCUGGGCCAGCGCACCCCCACUCUACAGGCUCAUCCACGUGCUCAAGUACAGUUACGUGCUGCUGGUGUGCAAGGAUGUGCGUGCCCCCAACCAGCCUGCAGCGAGGCCCCCCCAGCCUAGCUGCCCAGCCUUCAUCACUGUCAAACUGAGCCCGCUGCGGGACCGCCUGGUGGUGUCCCAGUGCCAGCUGACCCACUCACACCCUGCCUGCCCACGCAAGUUCGCCUACCACUUCCGCCCGGGCCUCCUACUAGCCAAUGCCUGCCUGCCCGUGCGCAUCACCAACCAGAUCUCCAAGCAGUUUGUGGCCCCCGCCGACGUGAGCCGCCUGCUGUCCCACUGCAAGGGCCCCGACCACGGGGUUCUGGAUGCCCUGCACGUGCUGGAGGGGCUCUUCCGCACUGAUCCCGAGGCCAAGGUGAAGCUGGUGUUCGUAGAGGACCAAGCGAUGGUAGAGACUGUGUUUUUCCUGACGUCUCGCACCAGGGCACUGCUGAGGCGCUUCCCGCGCAUACUCCUGGUGGACCGGCUGCCGGGGUUGCAGGGCGCACUGGACCUGCUGACCGUGCUGUGCGUGGAUAGCUCGGGCCGCGCGCGCCAGGCUGCCUGCUGUGUGUCGCGCCCUGGCACGCCGAGCUUACUGCGGUUCGUGCUGGUCUCGCUGCUGCAGAGCGCGCCCGAUGUCAAGGGCCGCGUGCGCUGCCUCACCGCCGGACCCGAAGUGGCCGCGCAGCUGCGGGCGGUGCGCCAGCUGCUGCCCUGCGCCCGCGUGCAAAUCUGCCGCGCUCAGGGCCUGGAGACGCUGUUCAGCAAAGCUCAGGAGCUGGGUGGCGCCAGCCAUGAGGACCCGGGACUUUGGCCGCUCCUGUGCCGUCUGGCCGGCGCGUCCUCCUAUGCUACCUAUAUCGAGGCUCUGGCUGAGCUGCGUUCCCAGGCCCCAUCCGCCUUCGUCAAGUACUUUGAGCACAACUGGGCGCCCCGCCAUGACAUGUGGGUGCGUUUCCGAGCUUAUGAAGCAUCCCGAGACCUGGACGCUUGUGCCCUGGUGCGUGGCUACCGCAGGCGACUGCUGCGUCGCCUCAGCCCCUCGCACAGCGUGGCGCAGUGCCUUCGUGAUCUGGUGGCCAUGCAGUGGGCGGAUGCAGCUGGGGAGGCAACCUCUGAGGGUGCUGAUGGUGAUGGGAUGUCUCAGAACAGUGAGCUGAGAAGUGGAGUCCAGGGGAAGGAGAAGAUAAGGGGUGUGGACAUCAGCGACCAGGGAAGGCCUCAGCUAGAAAGCGAGAAAGGGAGGGGAUUGGAGACAAGAGAUUGGCGAGGAGUCCAGCUGGAGAACCAGGUGAGGGGGCUGGAACGGUGUAUCUGGAAAGCGGCCCAGGUGGAGAAAGAGCAAUUGCGAGGGCCAGAGAUCAGAGACGGGAGGGGACGCCAGUUGGAGGAUGGAAAGAUUGGGGUGCUGGAAACCACAGACCGCAGGGGAACCCAGUUUGAGUCUGAGAAGACCAGGAGUCUGGAAGGAAGCCCCUGGAGGGGUGUGCAGUUGCAAGAGGAAAGAGCAAGUGAAUUAAAACCUCCAGACUGUAUGGAAACAGAGAAGGGCCUGGAUGUCAGAAAGUGGAGGGGGACCCAUUUGGAGAAGCCCUUAGAGGUGGUCCCUGAGAACAGAGGCCAACGGGGGCCCCAGUGGGGAAAUGAGGGGCAGAGAGGGACAAAGUUUGUAGAGAAGAAAGGAGGGAGCUUGGGGAUCAAAAGGAGUCGAGGCCUGGAGGACAUUGUUGUAGUCCAGUUGGGGGACACAAAGGUUGCAAGUACAGCAAAUGGAGAUGGAGGAGGAACUCGGUCUUUGGUCCCCAAGAACAGAGCAGGACAAGCAAUGGAAUGGGCAGACAAAGGAGCAAGGUGUCAGCGGCUGGGAAAUGGAGUGCUGUGUGCCACCCGCAUGGGGACAGUGUUAGAAGGCAAUCCAGAAUGUGCAGUGACAAGGUGUGAGCCCCUAGCUGUAGGGGAGGCCCUGCAGGAAGGAGGUGAAGCAGAAGGUCCAAGGGACCCAAAGAGGGUUUUCCACCCCUCUGGAGAAGAGGAGGUGGACUGGGAGCCGCUGGCCAAAUUCCGAGCAGCCUGUGGGCCAGAACUGGCAGAUCUGGUGGCGGAGGAGUUGACCUUUGCCAGGCAGCAUGGGACCCAGGGUUUCCACUGGACUGGAGCUGGCUUUGCUCUCAAGGAUGGCACCUCAGACUUCUUUAUGGAUGGGGCCCUGACACACUGCAGCUGUUCAAUCCAUGCUGCUCGCCGUCUGCCCUGUCGGCACCUCUUUGCAGCACGCCUCCUCACGGGUGCAGCCUUGUUCCACAUGGACCUGCUCAGGGAUUGCUGGGGGAGAGCCCAAGAACCAUGACUUUCCACAUCCCUGCCUGCCACCCUCCAAUCAGAGGGCAGGAGGGUAUUUUUUUGAUCCCAAAGAUAACAGGGCUGAGGCCAAUGGGGGCCACCUAAUCCCUCUGGUCUCCUUCCAGGUCGUCAGGGACUUCAUCUCUCAGCAGUUUGUCUCUCUGCACCCAAGGGGAAGCUGACCAUGGUCUCUAAGGUCCUAGAGCCAAAGCUGUAGAAACUGCUGAUGAUCAGGGUUCAUUUAGAGAGCUUCCCCAAGGAGAAGAAAUGUGUGAUGAGAGGUGUAGACAGGGUCCAGCCAAAGCAGAAACUAGGAAACAGGCAGGGCUGGAAACAAGAC